AUGGAUAUUUGCUUGUCAGAAAUCGCCGUGCUACGCGCGCCGUACCCUUUACUUUUAAACUAUUUUCAGAUUUUCACUAUCCGUAUAGACUCAGGUCAUCCAUUCAAAGACUGUCUCCCGUUUUCGAUAGCAGCACUGCCAAAGAAGAAACUUCUGCAAGCAGAAGCGAAACUUCAAGAGAAACGGCGCCAGUGGAUUCUGAUUGUUCGUUUUCGCAGUGAAGAAGUCCGCGAUUUCUAUGCGCUGGGAGACCAACAAGAAAAAGAUGAGUCGCAUGUCGAUCUCGGCCCGAAAGAAAUUACAACAGCUUGUGCUGCUGAUUUCGACUUCUUAACGACACUUGGAAAAGGAAGUUUUGGACGAGUCUUCCAAGUCAUGCAUAAGGAAAGUGGCAAAAUCUAUGCAAUGAAGGUUCUUUCAAAGGAGCACAUCAGGAGAAAGAACGAGGUGAAACACGUCAUGGCCGAGUUAAGCGUUCUGAAAGCGAAUUUCCGUCAUCCGUUCCUCGUUUCUCUGCACUUCUCUUUCCAAAACAAGGAGAAGUUGUAUUUCGUGCUUGACCAUCUGAAUGGGGGAGAGCUCUUUUCACAUCUACAAAAAGAAAAACAUUUCUCCGAGCCGCGCACCAGAUUCUAUUCUGCUCAGAUCGCAUCAGCUCUUGGAUAUCUGCAUGAAAACAACAUUGUUUACAGGGACUUGAAACCUGAAAACUUGCUGCUGGACAAACACGGUUACGUUGUUCUUACCGACUUCGGGCUGUGUAAAGAAGGCAUGAUGCCAAAUUCGCUCACCAGCACGUUCUGCGGCACUCCUGAAUACCUUGCUCCCGAAAUCAUAUUAAAAAAGCCAUACAACGUUGCCGUUGACUGGUGGUGUCUUGGGUCGGUUAUGUAUGAAAUGCUCUAUGGCCUGCCGCCUUUCUACUCCAGAGAUCACAACGAAAUGUAUAAUCGAAUUGUGAACGAAACCCUCAAAAUCAAGAAAAGCAUCUCCAUUGCCUCUGCCGACAUUAUCACAGGCUUGCUCCAGAAGGAUAGAAACAAGCGAAUGGGUUCCAAAAAGGACUUCAAAGAACUGAAGGAACAUGAGUUCUUCAAACCAAUCGACUGGGAGAAACUUCUGCGGCAUGAGAUUAAAGCUCCUUUCAUACCCCAUAUCGACAGCGAGACCGAUGUUAGAAAUAUCGCCGAAGACUUCGUGAAAAUAAAAAUCAAUCCUGCUUCUCUUGCUCCUCAAAAUCUCGCUUCUACUCAUCAAGAUCACGAUUUCGUGAACUUCACGUACGUUCAGAAACACGACACCAUGACCACCGGUUUGCACGCAAACGUACAAGAAUGA